AUGAGCAAUAAAGUUGACGCGUCCCUGCAGGACGCACUCAGAGUAACAGAGAACAGCAGAUACAAAAUGGACGAUGAGAAUAUGAAGGACGUGGACACUCAGUUGGAGGACAAGUAUAUAAAAAAUUACGAGAUCACACGGGCUAGCAGGUUCCUGUUCUUCUUGAUGGGCUUCCUGACUCUCGGGCUGAGGUCCUUCAUCGCAAGCAAGGCGGCCUUCCAUCCCCCCACAUUGAAGGGAUACGAAGUGGUAGACAACAAAUUCCUAUACAAGAACCCCUUCAGUUCAUAUGACAUAAAUGAUCUCCUGGAGCAGAACAACGUGGGCGUAGAUUACCAUAAAAUAGUAAACGGAAAGGAUGAAGUGGCGUCCAUCCUCGUAUACAGGAAGCCACUUGAUCUAAAUAAACAAAUAAUUCUCUACUCUCAUGGGAACAACACAGAUAUAGGUCACAACUUCCCCGCCUACAUCAACUUAAUCUUCCAAACAAACGUAAAUGUAGUAACCUACGAUUACAGUGGAUACGGAUAUAGUAAUAAAAAACCAUCAGAAAAAAGUAUGCACAAAAAUAUAGAAAAUGUAUACAAAUAUUUAACGGAAAAUCUACAUAUAAAUCCGCUAAACAUUAUAGUGUAUGGGCACAGUAUUGGAACCUGUGCCAGUAGCCACUUAAUUAGCCUGCGGAAUGUAAAGGUAGGGGGAUGUAUCUUGCAGUCCGCCUUGGCCAGUGGGAUAAAACUCCUCUUCCCCUACCAGAAGAGGAACCUUCCUUGGUUCGAUAUGUUUAAAAAUUAUGAAAAAUUACAAAAGGCGUCUCUUCUCCCUAUGUAUAUUAUGCAUGGGAAAAUGGACGAAGAUAUUCCAUACUACCAUUCGGUCAUUUUACUGAACACACUUCGAAAGAAUUUUGAAAAGAAGUACAAGAAAAUGAAGGCAACACAGGCUCACUCUCCGGAGAAGGACGUCGACGUAGAUUCCCUCAUCACCUUUUGGGGCAUUGCCAACUCGGAUCACAACAACAUUGAGUUGGUCAACUCGGACGACUUCUACCGCCGCCUGCGUGCCUUCCUCGCCUUUUGCAAGAAGUACAACGGGCUCUAG